AUGUCCUCCGGGAACAAACCCAGCGGAACAUGGGACCAAACCAUCGGCUCCUCCAAGGAAUCCCUCGGCAACCUGCUGGGCCACGAAAACCUGCGGAAAUCCGGCCAAGAGCAGAACGCGACGGGAAAGGCGCAGGAGGCCGAGAAUAUGGUAUCGGACUGGGGUGAAGGCGUCGCCAGUCGGGUUAUGGGUGCGCUGGGGAGUGUUGGGGCUGCGGUGAAGGGUGAUACGGAGCAUCAGAAGCGAUAUAGUGAGAUGAGAGAUCAGGGGAGGGAUAAGCAGCAUGCUACGGAGAGCUGA